GAUGCAAAGGAUUGCAUAAAUUGCCUGAGCAGCGACGGAUACACACCUCUCUUUCUGGCUGUGAUGAGCAUGAAACCGUCGUGCAUCGCAGCUCUGUACAAAAAUGGCGCUGUUCUCAACGCCAUGUGCCAUGGGCGAUCAGCAAUCCACGAAGCGAUGUUAUUGAACGGAUCGAAAGUGAAGGAGUAUGCUAUGGCUUUUAAAUUUCACGUCGUUGUAUUUACAUAUUAUAAUUCUUGGAAAGAUGAUGGGAGGACGCGUUCUUUUCGAUUUAGGCAGACUUUUACUCUGUUUUUAUUCAACAUCGAUUUCUUAUUUCCCCCACCUCUACAAGGGCUAAAUAUUGUUGUGCAAUUACGUAUUAUACACCGAAGUCUUUUGUCAUUGAGAAACUAG